GCAUUGUCACGUGCCGGUUGUGGAAGGCCCCGACGAGAUUGUUGAUCCGAUUUCUGUAUACUCUCGAAGUCAAGUAAGUACCCGCGCCUUCCGGCUUAACAGCAUAAGAUGAUAUCAGAGCAAUAAGCAAGUAAGCAGGAUCUGACCGAAGAAUGUUCCUAUCCCGUGAUACUCAAACGGAAGGCCAAUCAUGUUUCCGCCGAAACCGGCACUUCAACUACCACUCCCAUAGUAACAUCAUCUCCCACUUAUAUACCUCACAUCAGAUAUAAGCAGAUAUAAAUACUUCUAUACAUCAUCAACACCAACAACACAUCCAUCCACAGCCAGUAGCUAUCAAAUCAUCAAUGGUCCGUCCUCGUCUCCCGCUCACCACCCAUCGAAUCACCCAACUCCUCACUCACCCCGCCAAAAUGUCCGACUGGAGCGCAACCCAAUACCUCAAAUUCGCCGACGAGCGCGCCAUUCCCACCCAAGAUCUGCUAUCGCAUAUCCCAUUGCAAUCUCCCUCCCACAUCGUCGAUCUUGGCUGCGGCCCCGGAAACUCCACCGCCAUGCUUUCCGCCCGCUACCCAUCCUGUCCGAGCAUCGCCGGCAUCGACUCCUCCCCAAACAUGAUCGCCCGCGCCAAGGAGUCAUCUACAUCUAGUUCAAACACCACCUUUGCUGUCGCCGACGUGGAAUCCUACUCUCCCCCACCAGACCACCCCGUAGAUCUCUUCUUCUCCAAUGCCGUCCUCCACUGGCUUCCCCGCUCCACUCGUCUCCCUACUAUCCGCAGACUCUUACUGACUCUUCCCCCGGGCGGCGUCUUCGCCUUCCAGGUCCCGGAUACCUUAAACCUGCCAUCGCAUACUUCUAUGCGGGAGGUCGCGAGGACGGGGCCCUGGGCGGAACAUCUACGGAGUACGCUUGUGGAGAGGGAUGGGUUGGAUUCCCCUGAGGAGAUUUAUGAUGCGUUGGUGGAUGUUUGUGAGAGUUUGAGGAUCUGGGAGACUGUGUACUAUCACUCCCCUGGGGAUUGGAGGGAUAUUGUCGAGUGGGUGAAGGGGACGGGGUUGAGGCCGUAUUUAGAUGGGUUGAGGGGGGAGGAGGAACGGAAGGAGUUUUUGAGGGUGUAUGAGGGAUUGUUGAGGGAGAAAUAUGAGAAGAGGGCCGAUGGGAGGCCAGUGGGACAGAAUGUAGUAUGCUAUGAUUGGUUUAUACAAGCUUCCCGUGUAUAUGGCAGGCAUGCAUGCUGGUAUGAUUCUGAAGUUUAUACGGAGUAG